AUGGGUAAUGACGAGGAGCCACCACAAAAGACAAUCGCCGCCGCCGUCGAUCUGGACUACUAUCUUGGGUCAGGUGACGGCCCCGGUAUUGUCAUCACCCCUGUAAAACUUCGAGGAGCGUCGAACUACGAUGAGUGGGCCAAAGCGAGCCAGAACCCUUUAACUGCAGGUAAUUCUGUCGGGAAAAACGAUUCAGAAGCUAUGAACACAACUGAGAAACUCGAAGAGGGAUACUCAACACAACGACCUCCAAUGUUUAGUGGCAAAUACUAUUCAUACUGGAGAAACAGGAUGGAGAUCUUUAUCAAAGCUGAGAACUAUCAAGUAUGGAGAGUCAUUGAAGUUGGAGACUUCCAAGUCACCAAGCUAAACACCUCUGGUGAAACCGUUCCUAAACCGAUUGCUGAAUUUGACAAAGCCGACUAUGAAAAGCUCGAGCUUAAUGCCAUGGCUGUCAAAAUUCUUCACUGUGGACUAGGUCCUAAUGAGCACAAUAGAGUAAUGGGAUGCAAGAAUGCGAAGCAAAUAUGGGAUCUGCUCCAAGUCACUCAUGAAGGAACAAAUGAAGUCAAAAGAUCAAAGAUUGAUCUUUUAAUGCACCAAUAUGAAUUGUUCACCAUGAAACCUUCUGAAACAAUUCAAGACAUGAUCACCCGCUUCACUAACAUCAUCAAUGAAUUGAACUCUCUUGGAAAAAUCAUAACCCCUGAGGAACAAGUUAGAAAAGUUCUAAGAAGUCUUCCACAAGAUCCCUGGAUGGCCAAGGUAACUGCCCUUCAGGAAACUAAAGACUUCACCAAGUUUAACCUGGAACAACUAGCUGGAUCCCUCCUGACUCAUGAACUGCAACUAAAUGCACGACCUUCAGAGAAUAACAAAAAUAGGGCUCUUGCUCUAAAAACUGAAAAUGAUGAAAACUCUGAAGAGGAUGAGGAAACAGCUCUAUUUGCUAGAAGAUUCAGAAGAAUGUUCAGGAACUAUAAAGAUGGAGAUCACCGAGGGAAACCUAACCGAAAAUUCUCCAAAACUGAUACUGGAUGCCAUAAGUGUGGAAACUUGGAACAUCGUAUUAGGGAAUGCCCUCUCUGGGAUCAAGAACGAGGAAAAGGAAAGGAAACAACCAGAGACAGAUUCAAAGAUAACAGGAACUCAUUCUCCAAAACUGACGUGAGAAAGGCCAUGAUUGCUGCAUGGGGAGACACUUCUUCGGAUGAGGAACAGGAACAACCCAACGAAGAAACAUCUCACCUAUGCCUUGUAGCUGAACAUGAAGAAGAUGGAUCCGACUCAGAAUCUGAAAAAUUCCAGGCAAGUCUCACUCAAAUUAAAAAUAAACUUGAAUCUCUUUCCAAAUUAGAAUUGUUUGAUCUACUUUCCUGUCUCACUAGUGAUUAUGAGGAUCUACUGAAAGAAAAGUUAGACUCUGAUAAAGAACACCAGACCACCAUAAAAGAACUUAGUAAUGAGCUAGAAUGGACAAAAAAUACUAACAUAGAUAUAGACAAACGGUUCUUUAACCUCUUUGAUCAGAACCUCCACAUAAAAGAAAUCUGUGAAGUUUUACGAAGUGAAAACAUCUGGCUAAAACAAGAACUAAUUGAUCUAGAAGUGGCCAAGACUAAAAACCUUUACAAAGAAGAACUAGAAAGAACUCAACUGGAACUAGUUAAGAUUCACCAAGAAAAGACCAAACUAGAAGAUGAACUAGCUAGAAAGACUAGACACAGAAUAGAAGGAACACCUAAAUGGAUAGAAGAAGCUAGAACCAAACGCACAAAAGGACUAGGUUUCAACCAUAAGAAACGUCAACCUAAAAAGACUAGAGUAGAUCUCUAUAGUGACCUAAUAUGCUCCUUCUGUGGCCUAAUUGGUCACUACAGAAACUCUUGUCCCAAAAACCAACGAAGCUUGGAAAAGAACAUAGAACACACCAGAACUAAAUGGGUCGAAGUGAGGGGGAACAACACAUGGCACAAGGAUCUCCUCACAGCAACCUCCACUUUCCAAAGCGGGAAUCUCUCUCUUAUCCCGCGUCCUCUCCAGACUCUUUGGCUUGGAAGGAUUGGGCUUGUGCCUCGUCUAGGACAUAGCUUAUUAAGCAUUUCUCAAUUCUGUGACAAAGGAAAUUAUGCUAAAUUCUUCUCGAAUAAAUGUCUGAUUAUCAACAGUAACACUGAUACAGUGAUCUUAGAGGGACAGAGGAAAGGGAACACCUAUGUGGUUAACCUGAACUCCGUUCCUCACUCCAAUCUGACCUGUCUCAGUGUUAUUGAAGAUGAUCCAUUAUUGUGGCAUAAAAGAUUUGGUCAUGCUAGUUUCUCUCUAAUGAACAAGUUGAAUUCAAAAAAUUUAGUCACAGGUCUUCCGAAUACCAAGUUCGCAAAAGUAUCAGUAUGUGAUGCCUGUAUCAAAGGAAAAACAAGUGAGAACUUCUUUCAAGUCAAAGGGAAUGAUCAGUACAACAAGACCACUGGAGCUGAUCCACAUGGACUUAUGUGGACCAAUGAGAACUCAAAGUAG